GCGUCACCCUGCUUUAAUCAACUAUAUUAUCACCACCACGCUCUCUGUAUGGACCCUAAGGAGCUUGCAAUAAAAAAUGCUAUUGUAGACCUUAAUUCUGGUGUUCUUAAGAGCGAGCGAGCAGCCGCUCGUUGGCACGGCGUUGCGCGAUCAACGUUGCAAGGCCGACGGGCAGGUCAACAACCACACGCGAUAGCUCACUCAAAUCAACAGCGAUUAACUCCAGAACAAGAGGCCUUCCUAGUUAAUUGGAUACUUGAAGAGGACUCACGCGCACAACCUCCAUCUCAUCCUCGCGUAUGAGAGAUGGCAGCCCGCAUCCUACACAUGAACGGCGACUACGAGCCUCUCAGGCGACUAUGGAUAUCCCAUUUCAUUGCCCGCAACCCACGUGUCGCAUCUGUUGUUGGCCGAACAAUUGAGAGCGCACGGACUACAGCAGCUAGCUACAAUACUAUUAAGGCCUUCCUUGAGCUGUUUGAGCGGACAAGAAUUGAGCUAGGAAUACAGUAUGAAGAUAUGUGGAAUAUGGACGACACUAGAGUUGCACUAGGGAGGAUCGCGAGUGAGUAUCAAUUUUGGAGACAAUCUCAGCCACCAGCAUUAAGCUUCAAUGCCCAGUUAUCUUCAAAGGCAAGCAUCUACGAUCUACUUAGUUCCCAACCCAAGGCACCCUAAAUUGGCUCUAUACCACGUCAGAGAAUGGCUGGACGUCCAACUCAAUUGGCUGUGAAUAGUUACAGCGUAUUUUUAUACCAAAUACUUCACCAUCCUCUGGUGGCUAUCAACUGCUCCUUCUUGAUGGCCAUGGCCCCCAUACACCUAUCGAAUUUAUGUGGCUCUGCAAGCUUAACAAGAUACACCUCCUGUAUCUCCCAGCUCAUGCAACACACCUGCUGCAGCCUCUAGAUCUUGCUCCUUUCUCUGUUCUUAAAAC